AUGUCAUUAACUAGGUCACUAGAUAAUGUCGUUAUUGAUUGUCAAGGAUCAUCGUAUGCCUUCAAGGUCUUUGGCUCAUUCUUCUCACUGCGACAGAUAACGAUCCAAAACUGCUAUGGAAGCCUUGGUGGAGCAAUCCAGCUCCAAAAUAGCCAAGCAAUGAUCGUAAAUUGCUCAUUCAAUGCCAACUUUGCUACCCAAGGCGGCGCUAUCUAUUCCAAUGACAGUACAUUGCAUGUGUACUCUUCGUUGUUCACCAACAAUGUCGCCAUUCAAUAUGGACCUAUCAUCUAUUCACUGGGAUCAACGGUCAGCAUCAAUGGAGAUAACAACUCAAUGGUGAACAACAGCUUCUACCAAGGUGUUGUUGGCUUCAUUGAUUGCUCUGCAGAAUCGACCAUAUCAGUUGGCAGCAGUGAGAUUCUGCUACCAGAGUCGGAUAAUAUCUAUUUCAAUUGCUAUGACUCGUGCACAUCGACAUACCUCGCACGCUCACUUUGCAAUCCUGGUCCAGCCAUUAUACAAUACAAUGAUGGCGCUGAAGUUCCGACGCUUAAGGACGCUAACACAGAGCAGAAGACUGAUUUACAUGCCCUCCAUUCCACUCAAUCAUUACAAUUACAAGUGUACUUCACCGGAAUGCAAUUCCCAGAGCUUGAUCCGAACUAUGAUGGUUACAAAUUCCAAAACAGUCAGCUGCAAACAACAGGUACAGCCACCAACGAACGCCGCGGUGGUGGCGGUGAUGGUUCCAUGCUUGGCAUGUUUCAACUUUCCAAUAUUCAAAUCGAUCAAUUUAUGGUUGGAUACAAAGAAGUCGUAGGAGCGGCACUUACCGGUUAUUUGCAAGUAGAGACAUCAAAGUACCUUGUAUUUAACUUCACUGGUAGUAGCCAUGUUUCAAUAUCCGUCUGGGUCAAUGGCAUGGUGGUCCUUGAGCUGUCAGAACCACAAACUCAGACCCCCACCAAUCCAAUCUUCUUCACAACAGGUGUAACACAUUACAUCGUGAUAAAGAUUGAAUCGAUACAUGACAGCCCUCAAAGAUCAUUCAAGCUCCAGCCAUUUCCGUCUGGCGAGAAAUUCUUUGUAUCUAUGAAUCUGUGCGAUGAUCAUAUUCCAAAUAUCAGACAUGAUGCAGUCAAAUGUCCGGUGCAGGAGGAACUAUGUACGUACAUAUAA